ACCCAAGACUGGCAAUUUUGAGAACAUAACUUUGUGCGUUGAAAAAGAAACUAGCCAAAAAAACAACAAACAGUGCAAGCCGUAUGGUCGAUGCCAAUACCAUUUCUUCAAGACGUUAUUUGUGCCGUAUCAGGCUUUAUUGCCAACAGUCUGCAUGGCCCUACACUUCAACUAAGACUAUUCACAAGAAUAUUUUCAGCCGAAAAUUGGCAGAAAAAAAUAAUAUUCAACCCGGGCCGGAAAAAAAAAAACGAUAUUUUUAUUUUAAAAAUAGUGUAUGCAUGGUUACCGUCUCCGCCAUUAUUAUUUCACUGGGAAAUCAAUAAAUCAAAAAAACUUUUUUACAGUCUUCUAGUCGGCGAUCGGACUCACUAAUUGGGGACAUUGUAAAUGUUCUGCUUUACGAAAAAAAGAGCUAAGGAAAUCUCUCACGCGUUGCUUGGAAUCCUAACUGUAAACUGCAUGGCUAAAGAGGUAAAAAUAAUGUAAAUAUAAAGCUGUUUACGCUGAUGGUUCGAGUGUGCUCACUGUAAAGAUAGCGGAUGACAGGUCGACAGUAAUUUCUUUUCAAAAAGUUAGCAAACAACUAAGGGAGCUCCAACUCGGUUACCAAUCCGGAGACACCAUAUGUGGCAGUUUCAAAGUGAGCGACUUAAUUCCAUCAGCUGCACCAUCUGAAAUUUACACUGGGAGCGGUUUAAGCUCUCGGUGCGGUCAGCCAAAUAAAUCUUCAACAUGAAUUUCACCAGUACAAGUCAACUGAACUGCGCGUUUCUCGAUGUGAACUUGGAACAAACGGAGGGUACAUUUAUCGCCAGCAUUCUCACUUGCAUUCUUAAUGUAGUGUUUUCUUUGUUUACAUCCACCGGUAAUCUAAUUAUUGUACAUGUCAUCUGGAAAACAACGGAACUUCAUUCGCCAUCUUUCGUCCUCCUGUUUUGUCUCGCAACUUCUGAUCUCGUUGUUGGACUGAUUUGUCAGCCAUUUUUCGUGGCCUUUCAUAUUGCGGAACUCAUGGACAACUUUAACGUUUACUGUGUCCUGAGAAUUAUUCAGAGCAUAUCUAGCUAUACCACGACUGGUGUGUCUUUGGCGAUUUUAAGCGGAAUCUCCAUUGAUCGACUUCUCGCUUUAACCCUUCAUUUAAGAUACAACAUGGUUGUUACAGUUCGCAGAAUAACACUAACUGCUUGUAGUGUUUGGAUAGUAUCAACUACAGUCGUCAUAUCGAGGUUUUGGAUAAGCAACUGGAUUUUUGUUCCGGCGUUAGUUUUAUUGUUAACAUUUCUUGUUACAGCCCUCAGCACCGGGAAGGUAUUCCAGAUCGUUCGCAGACAUCAGCGGGAGAUUUCCCAGCAACAGCAAAGCAUUCAAAGAAGCACAGUAAACGACCUCAAGUGUAAAAAGUCUUCCAUAACUGUGUUGUAUAUUUAUGGUUUGUUUUUAAUUUUCUAUCUUCCACUUCUGUUGACAAUCCUCGUGAAGACCUUUUCUGGGUACACAACAAAAGUGAAAAUCGCCUAUGACUACGUGACAACUGCUGUUUUCAUUAACUCCUUUUUAAAUCCACUUGUGUACUGCUGGAGAAUUGGAGAGAUACGACGAGCUGUGAAGAAUGCUCUUAGAAAAAAUCUUAACGAGGUCAUCAUCGGCGAAACCACAUUCAGAUCAGAGACAAGGUUAUGAUUCCAGUUAUGGGAGCAAAUUUAUCACCUUUGUCUUUGGCUUGUGUUCAGAGUAGUUUAUAUUUACACGUAUAUUUUCAAUUCUUGCUCAUGUGAUCGGCUUUCGGGUCGAAGCUUAUAUGUCCUUUUCUUUCCUGUGUAUCCAGUAUUGAUCCUCUAAUUUCACCGGCUAAGCAUCUCGAUAAAAAGGGCUAACGUUUUAAAAUUUUUAUUUUUAUAACAUUUUAUUGUACACUUAUUACAGUGCACUUUGUUGCAUCGCAAGGAGAGGGAACUUAUAAUCAGAAUUUUUAUCACCCUUUUUUCUCCACAAGUUCCGCCAUGACCACAGGAUGUGUUUAACAUCACUUUACUUGCUUUGAUUGUGACGCGUCUUGCCGUCAACACGAAAAGGAUGACAACGUUUGCCUAAGUAAGUUUCGAGAAAAAUGUAAACAUAGUUUCCUCUCUAAUUUGAUAGCGAAUGCCGCCAAACCAAUAUUAUGGUUUUAAAGUUGAUGGGUAUCAAGUAACAUCUGAGAGCUAAGAGCUUUUACAUUACUCUGUUUUCCAUGAAUCUCACAUUGACAAAUUUGUUCUUUCAAAUAAGAAUUAUAAUUUCAAUUUGCAUUGUUAAAAUUAGACAAGCAUCUUUCAUUAAUUUCCUGCAGAUAGUUGCAGACGCUCGGCUCAGGUAGAAAUUAGUUGACAUAUACAGUACUUGUAAGGGAAGUUUGUGGCCUCAUGUGAAGUGCGCUGGGCUAUGCCAGAUUAGAGCCCUGGCCUCGGUCAUUGAAUUGUGUUCCUGGACAAGACAGCUUUUCUACCAUAGUACCUCGUAGCUUCCCACUCCGGAGGUAUAAAUUUAAUGCUGCACUGUCAGUAAUCCCGCAUUGGCCUAGAACACAUCUGGGCUAGGGCUGAGGAGAGGGAUAGGGGUGGAAAACACAAAUACUCCUAGUCGGCUCAUACUACGGAAACGGGAAUAGGCGCCGGCCUGGGCUCGAACGCAGUCUUAACUUUUAUCUUGCGGAGUACUUGAGUCUAAGAUUUCUUUAUCUGCACUAAUUUCUGAGAUCAAGGCAGUGCGUCAAAUUAUACGGCUUUACAGUAAGUUACUCUUAGAGUAUUACACUGAUUGAACAUGCACACUGACAAGUAGUGUAAUGAUAAAGCUGGUUAAUUUGGAGACUGAUUUUGAAAGAGGUUGAUGUUCAGCCAGGAAACCCCACCCCNCCCCCCCCCCCGCAAAAAA